CAGUGGAUGUGUUCCCACGGUGAUAUCCACAAAUCCCUGUGAUAACUCCAUGAAUAUCUCCAGUCGUACCUGAACGAAAUCUCCAACUCGUCGUUGAAGGAACACCGGUGUAAAAUUCAUCGCUUCGGCCAAGUUUAGAACGUACUCGACUUCUAGACCUUCAAACACGUACGUGACGUCGCCUUCGGAGUCCGUGUGAUUCGUUGUCUGUCUUACGAAAGGAAUUCGUUCGAUCGGAGCAACGACCAGAGGACAGCCGUGGAGAUUCCUGGGAACUUUGACGGGGAAUAAGUUUGCGUUACUGUGAAGUCUUCCGUCAACAUCCAGGAGGCACUGGUCAAGCAGAUCGACUUUUCUGGCUUCACCACAUUGCUCCGAGUCGUAAGGGAAACAUGUAUAUAAAUUAAGUGUAUCGUACGCGCGAUUUGAACUGGUUUUGUGGGCUGUGUUGAUAUCUGGCAAUAAAAUCAGUACGUUGAUGAUUUUGUAGGGGUUCCACAACAUCUCAAACAUUUUCAAGGCGUCUAGCUCUGGCACCUUAACGCCGUAGUCCAUUACUACAAGGAGAAAUCUUGCUCUGUGAUUGAAUGAAUUUUCAUACGACAAUAAAUUAUAAAUUUGCUGUUGCAGCGAGUCAAUUACGCCAUCGACUCCAUCAGGCCACAGAGUUAUGAUGUAACUCUGAUGUUUAUGCGCAUUGUCGCUGUCUGAUAUUGGUUUGUCGAGCUGACAGCUCAGAAGAGGCCACUCGGAUUCCUCGUGGAGGUUCUGCAACAUUUCAUUUGCCAGUUGUAUCUCGUUGCUUCGUGGAAGAAGUUUGUGUUCUCGUGCGUCACGAACGGAGCUUGGCGUCGACAUGACAACGGGUUUUCCCCGUGCGAAGUGGCGUUGUGCGACGCUUAACACACACAGCGCCACAUGUUCAUGCAGUGUCGCGUGCUCUGCCGGCAACAUGUUGAACGUCAGUAAGAGUGUUGUGAUCCAAGACAUGACCGAAGAUCUGCAAGGACGAGCAUGUGCCUAUUGACAGAGAACGUAAAGAAUAUAAAUAUAACGAAAGGUGAAAAUGUUGCGGAUGUCAGUUAAGAAGAUUCCAUUUGUGUGAAAACUGAUAUUUUUAUUCGACUGACAUAAUUUUUCAUCAUGAAUUCUGAAUCCGAGAACUGCAUCAAUUCACUGAAAGUUGAACCUGGUUCAGACAGUGAGAUGUGUCGGGAUGGAAAUCAGGUUAUUGAUAAAAGGGUUGAGGAAGUCAGGGAUACAACAGUUGAGGAGAAUCCUAUGAUGAAAACAUUUCCGGUGAUAAAAGCUGAAGAUGAGAACUGCAUGGAUUUUGUGAAAACUGAACUUGGUUCAAGUAGCGAGACAUGUCCUGAUGAAAAUCACUUCAUCACUGUAAAAGUCGAGGUCGCGGAUAUACAAGAGGAGGUGGAGGAGGAUCAAAUGUUGACAACAUUUUCGGUUUCAAAAGAUGAAGAUGUGAGGAUGUCGGCUUCCAUGGCGAACAAAAUGUUCAUGAGUCCAGACUUUGUGACAAAGUUUUUGGAAGAGUACCGUGAAUUACCGGUUUUGUGGAAGGUUCGCAGCGCAGAUUAUUCCAACAGGGCAAAGCGGGAUAAGGCCUGGGAUCUACUCGUGCAGUUCACGCGGGAGAAAAUCCCUGAUGCUGACUUGCAGUUCGUUAAGAAAAAAGUUGAUAGUAUCCGGGCCUCGUUUAGGAAAGAACUGCGCCGCGUUCGGGAUAGUAAAAGAAGUGGUGCUUCGGAGGAUGAAGUGUACAAGCCAAAAUUGUGGUACUUCGAUAUGCUUCUUUUCACGGUAGACCAAGAAAAUCCCCGGAAGAGGAGAAGUAAUUUGGAUGUAGAAGCUGAAGAUGUUGAUGAUGGCGGACUAGAAUCAACAGCUUUGACAGCAACAGAGGAUGAAGCAACACAAGGCGAGGUGUCUGAUGAAGGCGAACGAACUUCGGAAAUGGUUUUGCAGCUUCCACUUCAGAAAAGGACUAAAACCUCCACGAAAACGUCUACAGCUGUCAAUGCUGCAGAUGAACAGCACCAAAACAUUAUUAAAAAAGCAAUGGGUGUACUUAACCAACAGGAUGAUGAAUACGACACCCUAGGUAAAACGUAUGCUGCAAAACUGCGUCGAAUGCCUGCCGCUCAGAGGGACAUUGCUGACAAAUUGAUCAAUGACGUUCUGUUUAAUGGUCUCAUGAAUCAUCUUACGACAUGCACUUCUAUUUCUGAUUAUGGGUAUACAUCUGGUGACCGCAUGUCAACUACACUCUCUUCAGUCUCUACCAACUACUCAAACUCAACCCCAUCACCAAUACCACGUCAUUCCAAUUAUCAAGUACAGUCCCCAGAACAGUAAACGUGAGAACAGGACUUGGAAACUUUAUUUCCACAGGAAACUAACUACAGUCACUAGGGUUUUACAAUUAGAAAUAUUUUAUCCCUUAAAAAAGUAUGCUAUAUGUAAGUAUAUAAGAAUGCAAAAUGUUUCUUGAGGGAGGAAUUCGUAAUUUGAAUAAAUAAAAACAUUAUUAUUAUUUAGAUUUUCCAUACUUACAAUUAUUCUCAUUUGAGGGCCUUAUAUAUAGUCUUGCAGGUCUCUGGAAUGAUUUUGCCCAAGGCUUGAGGUGAUAUGAUCAUGGCAAACUUGAGAUCUUCAAACGACCGCCCUGUGGUGAGAAAACGAAGAGUCGCUGCAAUACGUGCUUCAGGAGUUAUAGCAUUCCGCAUCACAGUAUCUUGUUUCAAAAUGAACGAUCUUACUUUUUCGAGCAAAUAAUUUACGUUUUCAUCAGACAUUCUAAAGUAGUUUUUGUAGUCAUCAGGACUAUCAUCUCUAAUAAAAUUCAGUAAAUUGAAA